GAAAGUUCCACUCGGCUUCAAAGUUGCCUCCUUCACCUUCGCUCAGAUAAGCAACACUCGCUUCACGGCUACUACUGUUAUAGCUCAACUCGAUGACCUUUCUUCAUGGAUGUCAUCGGUCGUCAAUUAUGUGUCGAGCUGCUCGAGAGCUUUCUCUCUGAGAGCGGCGCAAUUGCCCAACAGCUGUACAUCACCGAAGGUGCCAUACUAUAACGGCUACCGCUGUACCUUACCCCCUAUUAAUCCCACAUUGGCCUGUCCUAUCCCAAGAUAUGGUCUAUCAAUUCGGUACAUACACAUACACCGCAAGCUCGGAUCUACAACCGAUGCAUCCGAUCAAAGCUCCCAAUCAGUGCCUCAAGAACCGGGCACUCCUUUGCCAUGGCUGACUCCUCGGUUUUGGAGGAAUCUACGUCUCCAGUCAUCCUUGAAUCAAGCUUUCGUUGAUCCGCGUGCGGAUGAUGAGCUGGCCAACACCGACUCCUCCAGGUCGACCGUCGCAAGCGCUGCACAAAACGGGGAAACUACAGACAGAACCCAACGCUCGGACAGAGGAGCAUCGGGUAUACGGAUGGAUGAUUCUUCUGAAGAGUAUGGGUACGACGCACCAGGUCAGAUUGGGACCGAAUCCACCCUCCGGUCGACGCCUCUCUCUUCUGCGAAUCGUGAUGGACUGGACAUCGACCGGCCAGACACUGUUCAAGACUCGACUAAAAAUACCAGAGCAAACCCCCACAGACAGGCCAAACGCCUGAAACGUUCCAAUCCGUGGGGUUAUGCGCCUGAUCUUACUUCUACAGAGUACCUAAUCCUCUCGAUCUAUAAGGCACACGACCCAGAGAAUCGUCAUUGGGCGUGUGGAGAAAUUGAUGAUCUCCAGCUUAAAUACAGUCAGGCGGCCAUGUCACACUACAAAGCCUUCCACCGCAUAACAUUACAGGAGAUUGUCGCAGACUACAUACUGAAUUUGAACCCCCUAUUGGACCAAUUUGGCGUACAAUGCAAGGAACUCUUGGAUCCUAGUCCGCAGCACCUCUCCCAGUACUCAUGGAAGCUCAAAGCACUACGUGAGAAACUGGAGCGUGUUUUUUCCGAAGCCAUUAUCGAAAAACUGGCCUCACGAGGAUAUGCUGCCGCCGAUGUGGUGACGUGGGCCUGGGUGCUUAAAAGCGAAACACCAUAUGAAGCUUGUCUUCGAAUUUUACUAGCCGAUGCCGAUCAAUAUUCAGCGCAAAGCUCUCCGUCCGGGAGAGUUCCGCCAUUCAUUCCGCUACUCAUUCUACGCCAGGGUCUCGACGUCAGAACGUUCAGAUUACUCCUUCAUUACUCUCUGGACCUCCUCACCGGCCAAUAUGUUCGACUCCCAAAUAACCUCUCGCAGGACACAACGACCAAACGAAUUUCCAAUGAGAAAAUCGUCUUCGGUACAACAAAGCCGCUGAUCAAUUUUGAAAUGUGCUCAACCUUCGUUAUUCGCUUGCUACACCAUGCUCGUCAACUGUGGCCGGAGGCCCAACUUGCCAUUAUCCAGGCUUUUGCAUUCUAUUUGAAUACGCUGAAGAAGAGUCGCCCAAGAUUAACGUUUUCUGAGGAUAAACUCCAUGCGCUAGUGGUCGACCGGUGUAAUACAGUACUUCGCCUACUUUCUCUUCCCUCUCGACGUGAGCCAUUUUUAUCUGUUUCGUUCCAGCAGCGUGCACAGCUUGAGCUUCUCCGAGCUAUGGCUGCAUUCCAGCCGGCCCUGCCGGUCACGAAACGGGGCUACCAAAGUCUGGUCGUCGUACAGCUUGCUCAUAAGAAGACAGAAGCCGAGCGCCAAUCCGCGGAACUCAAGGCCCCGUCGUGGCCGCCUUGGAAGGAAGAUAAGAUAGGGUACGACGUCGAUCGGGGACUCCAAGGCAGGAAAAGUCGCGCGAUGCGAGUGCUGGAUCAAAAGCUAGAGGCGGGAUAUUCUUCCUCUGCAUGGGAUAAUAUGUCUCGUAUCCUAGCAGGCUGGGACACAGACGGAAGCCCAACAAUCCAAACCCGGUCCUUCGGGCUGUCUCGACCGGAAAUUCUAGGCCGUUUUCCCGCCCACUCCGACCAUUACAAGCUUUGGGAAGCACGAAUUCGUGCUACAAGAACUGUCCGGGAAGCCUGGGCCUGUUUUCUUUCUUAUCAGGAAAAGGGGUUGCGUCCGCAUGGUGCUAUAUACGCAGCGAUGGCGGAAAAGUUGAUACAUCGCAACCGAACUAGUAGCAGCGACAACAAUAGCAUGGCUCUACCAGGUGAUGGACUAGAGGUUUUCCCGGAACCUUUAUCCGCCAGAGACCUGAUCUAUGUGCCCUCUGAACCACCUACCUUGAACAAUCUUCUGCAUAUGAUGCUCUCUCAGGGUAUCCGGCCAUCCGGUCGGUUUCUUGCCUUGCUUCUAAGACAUGCACCAACUUUUCAUGCCGGGCUGGAGUAUCUUUGUUGCAGCAAUUUGACGGAUGAGCAGCUUGGGGCUUUGUGUAUUGAUUGGGGAAGCGACUUCCGUCAUCCCAAUUGGCUCAAGACGGGACUGAACGAGCUGUCGGAUUACCUUGUCGCUUCGUUCGUCAAGUUCCUCUGCAGCUUUGCCAAUCGAACUUAUUUACCCGUGCUACAGCCUACCCUGCCUCCCUCGGAUCUAUUUCCUUUGCGGUUGGAAGGAAAAAGGAUGUUGGAGCCACUAGUCUUCCAGAUGAGAAAAGAGCGACUUAUUCCCUCUAACGGUCAUCACAGGACGCUGCCUCAUGCUAUUGACCUUUUACGGGCGCGAGCCUCAAAGCCGCCACAAGCGUGGAUCUAUCUUCUGUCUGCCGUGAUCGAGCGCAGCCCGCAUAGAUCCAGCGCUCCCGUUAAGCCGGUGGUGGCUUGGUUCAAAGCUCAGCUGCUCAUGAGAUGGAUGGACCACCGCCAGAUCGACACUGGCCUGGAAGGAUUCAAUAUACUCUGUCAGGCAUUCUCACGCGUCCUGAUGAUUAGGAAAUAUCAUGCUGUUAUGGAAGAGGGGAUGGACAUUGUUAGCAGGAUGGCAUUAUCAGGUCAACUCAGUCUGCAUGGUCUGGUCCUGCCACGACCUGAAGAUGUGGUAUCAUCUGGCCUCGAUUUUCUGAAGCAACAGUUUGACAAGUGCGUUCUCGGGGACCCGCAUCUUUCCUCACUUUUCGAGCACAGUUCCUCGACAAUUCAGCUUGUCACCGACGCACAGGUGAUUUUACCGCCGAUGUUUCAUGUUCCAUCUCCUGCGAUUCUCCAUCUCUUUGUUCGCACCCUUGGGAUUGCUGAAGACUCGGAUGGAUUGCUAAGCCUCUUGCGGUGGAUGAAGCAGCACGAACUUUCUUUGAAGGAGAAGUAUGACCAGCUUUCAAAUGGAGAUCAGCUGAUGCGCCGUGUCAUAGUAGCCUUUCGAGUGUUCUUAGAAGGAUCUAGGAAGGUCCGGAGCACCUCGGUUCAGCAGGAAGGCGGUGAUCACACCGAUUUUACAAGGUUGGAAUUUUCCGAUUCCCAUUUACAGGAGGCCUAUGAAAUCAUUACUUCUUCGAAGGUCUGGGGUUCUUGGCCGACUGAUGAUGAGUUCAAGAAGUACAUAGCGCAGUGAGAACAACUGCAUGGAGGCGCAUGGUGAGGACGCAUCGCUGCAGGUCGGCGAUCAUUAUGCCAGCGCUAUUCAUCUCCAAUGUAAAUUACCCAUUCUGAAUAUAGCUAGACCUCUGUGUGACUACUUCUAGAGACUACGUCGGAC